GGGGAGGGGGAGAGGGGUCCAUGCAACCCGAGGUUGCCCUAACCAUUAGGUGUCUUGAGUUGCUGCCACAAGUUUCCCUUGCACUCUGCUUAACAGAACUCCAAUUGAACCAACUGCGUUGCUUGCCGCAAUUCCAUCCCCCUCUCUCUCUCUGCUCAUCACCCAACUGUCCUAACACAGCGCUUGCGCCAUUCAUUUUCUCACCACCUCCUCAUUCGCAUGCAAUGCUCUCCGCCUUUCUCCCACUGGAGUUAAACUGUUCAUUCAGGUCAGCUCCCCUUUCUCGUGUUGCCUUAUGCACUCUUUUAUCUUCCAUACUUAGUCGCUCCCUCGCCUCCCCAUCUCCUUCGUUUCUACCACUCAUUCUCUGAGCUUUGAUUGAUUUGCUAAGGGCCUCCGUGAGUCUUGGCGACGCUUUAGUUGGUAACAAUCCAAGAUUCAUAUCGAAGUGCGUAUUUUGACGCGGCUUUUAGGACACGAAGUGCAGACUUAACAGAAGCCGCUAUGGAAAGCACGGCCGAACUAGUGGAGUUCCCGCUGCUAAAGCAAUGGGUUGAUUAUACCUACAGACCGUGCACAAUCCCAUGGCGAUUUCCUUCUGAUAAACCACACCAGGCCACUCCCACUGAGAUUUUAUGGAUCGAAUUGUUUCGAAAAUCGAUUCCAAGUUUUAGGAAACAGGCGGAACUUGAUUCGACUGUGACAGAUGCCCCUGCUAAAGCUGCCAAGUUUGCCCUGAGAUAUGGAGAAAUUUUGGAUGAUAUGUUGGCCGAUCCAGAGAGUCAUGGCGGACCACCGGAUUGCAUCCUUCUCACAAGGCUCCGCGAUGUUGUCCUCCGCGAAGUAGGAUUCUAUGACAUUUUCAGGAAGGUCAAGGAUGAUGAGAAUGCAAAGGCUCUAGCGUUGCUGGAGGGAGUAAUUGCCCAGGCUGAUGCAAUUAAAGACGUAGGAGCUCGUAUAGACCAUCUUGUGAAGGGUGUGUUUUCUGGAAAUAUCUUUGAUCUCGGAGCAGCACAGCUAGCGGAGAUCUUUGAGUCUACUGGUUCAAAUUUUCAGGACAGUUUUGAGAAAUUGCUUCCUCGCCCGUGGGUGUUGGAUGAUCUGGAUAUUUUUAAACAAAAAUGGAUAUGUAAGCCUUGGAAAAAGGCAGUGAUUUUUGUGGAUAAUUCAGGGUCUGAUGUUGUGUUGGGGGUCUUACCAUUUGCACGGGAGCUUCUUCGAAGAGGAACAAAGGUGGUGUUAGCUGCUAACGACAUGCCAUCCAUCAAUGACAUUACGUACGAAGAGCUAGUGCAAGUUAUCUCAAAAGCUAAACACGUGACGUCAGACGGAAAAGAAUCGUUUUACGGCGUGGAUGCACAGCAUCUUAUGGUUUUGAAUUCUGGAAGCGAUUUGCCAGUUCUCGAUUUGUCUCAUAUUUCUCCAGAACUGGCUUAUGCAGCAGAAGAUGCAGAUUUGGUUGUGAUGGAGGGAAUGGGGCGUGGUAUCGAGACAAAUUUGUAUGCACAGUUUAAAUGUGAUUCGUUGAACAUUGGAAUGGUGAAGCAUAAGGAGGUGGCCGACUUUCUUGGUGGACGGCUCUAUGACUGCGUUAUCAAGUUCACUGAAGCCAUCCCCUAGGAUCUCUGCCAGUUCUAGCUCAAGCAAUGUGUUUUUGCUCAAGCGUGUAGGCUGCCACUUCCUGACGUUAUUGUUUUACCCUGGAUACAGUUGUCAUUGUAGAGGUUGAAGGUUACUGGAUCACUGCAGAUGCCUCGAAAAAUCAAUUAUUGGUAGCUUAAAGGUUGUAUUUUAUUAUAAGUUCUGGUGUCCACCUGAAUGACCAUUCUUUCUUUAUAUGAUUUAUUGUAAUAAUCAUUCUUUACACCUUUCAAUUCUUUCACGUA